UCCGUCGCGUCCGACCGUCGCCAUGCGGCGUCGGCGUCGUUGUUGAGAAUUCCGCGUGCCGCCAUUUUGAGUCGGUGUGGUGUGCUGUCCCGGCGUUCACGUUUUCUCUUGAAGUGCGUUUCGUAGUGAAAUUUGAAGAUGAGCGACCGAGAGAGUUCACCGGAGCGAAAUGUGAAGGAGGGAACACCAAACGGUUCAGCGGACUCGUACAGCCCGGAACGGCGUAACAAACGGGCUGCCUCACGGUCCAAGUCCGGCUCGCGGGAACGGGACCGGUCACGCAGCUACUCGCCGAAGCGAACCCGGCAGCGCAGCCGGUCGCCGGGCUCCAACCGACGCCGCCACCUCGGCGACAGGGAAAAUCCGUCUGCCACCCGCUGCCUGGGCGUAUUUGGACUGAGUCUGUACACCCAGACGCGGCACCUGCGUGACGUCUUCUCCAAGUACGGCAACAUCGACGAGAUCACCAUCGUCACCGAUGCCCAGACGGGCCGGUCCCGUGGCUUCGCCUUCGUCUACUUUGAGAAUCUGGAGGAUGCCAAGCGUGCCAAGGAGGACUGCAACGGCAUCGAGAUCGAUAACCGCAAGAUCCGCGUGGACUUCUCCAUCACCAAGCGGCCGCACACACCGACGCCCGGAAUCUACAUGGGCCGUCCCUCUCAGUUCUCCCGUCGCUCCCGGGGCCGUCGCGGCUACGGUGGCUACGGCGGUGGCCACGGCGGCUACGACCGCUACGACGACCGGCGCGACUACGAUCGGCGCGGCGGCUACGACCGGCGUGACGACUACUACCGGGACGACUAUCGGCGCGACGACUACCGGCGGGACGACUACCGGCGUUCGCCGUCGCCCUACUACGGAGGCGGCCGGCGCUACCGCCGCUCGCGCAGCCGCUCCUACUCGCCACGCCGUGAAUAUGACGGAGGUCGGUACAGGUACUGAGCGCGGCGCGGCCAGCCAGCGGCGGCCGCUGACGGCGGCGCCCUCUCUCCCGCGCGCCACCCUCCCCUCGCACACACACACAUGCAUACCUACCGGCUUCUCCUCCGUUCCGGCCUCUCCCGAAGAUCCUCCUGUCCACAUACUGUGUGUGUGCCUGCGUGUCCGGCUCACUGGGGCGAGUCUGCAGCGCUCUGCAGUCUGUGGGGUGCACUGCACAGUCCGGUCGCCGGUGUGUCUGGCUGUAUGAAUGGUCUUAUUGACUGACUGUGUGGGAGCGAGCGUCUGGCUGAGUGAGUGCGUGUGUGAGUGUGCUGCGGCCGGACCGGUGGCCUGGGACGGGGGCGCGGCCGUCGCCCGUGGGCGGCCGCAUCACUGUGUUGUGUCGUGCUGUGGGUAUGAGAGUGCUCAUUGGUUUUCGGUCUGCCGGGCCUGGACGGCGGCGGACGUUCAUUUGGUUUGCGCGUGCACUGGGCGUCGGUGGCUGGUCGGGGCCGGCACCUGGUCAUCCCACCGGCACCGGCCACCGACGCUCGGUCCGCGCAGUUCAUCAUGUUCAGGCGUUACAAUAAAGGCCUUUUUAGAUUGGCACUAAUACCA